GUUUUGACUGUUAAAGUUUAAUCGAUUAUCUGGAACCGAAAUCGAAAAACAUCAUGUCUGUCAAAAAUAUUAGACAUGGCAUCAGUGUUGCAGGAGUUUCAUGGCAAGCUGCUAGAGGUGAACUGUUCAUGUAUUUUAAACAAUUUGGGUCCGUGAAGAAUAUAAAUAUACAUCGGGAUAGUUACACUGGCGUGUCUAAAGGGAUAGCCAGGGUGCACUUCAGAGAAUUGGAGAGCGUAAAAAGAGCCACAGAGUCUAACGUCCACUAUCCACCAGAUGGCUCAAAGUGGGUCGUGCGUGCAGUGGAAUCCUUAAGAAAUGGGGAACAAAACAGGCAGACUGGCCAGGAAGGUCAAAGAACUACAGAGUCAUAGCAGAUGUUCAACAGGGUGAAGAAAAUAAUUUUAAUGUCAGAUUGUCUACAUAAUAGUGAAGAAAGGUGAUAAAGCCUGUGCAUAUACUCUGUAUAAAGUGAUGAAAAAAACUUGAAUGCAAUGUAUUGCAAAAACUGAGUUAAUUAGACCAGUGAUUAUAUGGCACAUGUGUAGGUGAUGGAACAAUGUUUUGAAACAAUUUGUUCUUGGAAAAAUAACAAUGACUUAUCACCGAAAUGUCCGGCUCCAUGGGCCAGUGAUCUUGUGUUAUUUAGAACCAUUUUCAUAAAUUGUAACAAACUGUUGUUAUUGCUGACUUGAUUGCUGAACUUUUCAGCCAAUGUCAUUAAAGAGUUUAGAGUUGA